AUGUUCUACUCGGAGACUCUUCUGUCAAAGACGGGGCCGCUGGCCCGCGUCUGGCUGUCGGCCAACAUCGAGCGCAAGCUUUCCAAGUCGCAUAUCCUUCAGUCCGACAUUGAAAGCAGUGUCAGCGCCAUUGUUGAUCAGGGCCAGGCCCCCAUGGCUUUGCGACUUAGUGGCCAGCUUUUGCUGGGUGUUGUACGCAUUUAUAGCCGUAAGGCGCGUUACCUCUUGGACGAUUGCAAUGAAGCUCUCAUGAAAAUUAAAAUGGCCUUCCGUCUUACAAAUAACAACGACUUGACGAGCACAGUCGUCGCGCCGGGUGGCAUCACCCUCCCUGAUUUGUUGACUGAAACCGAUCUGUUCACCAACCUUGAUACCUCGCUACUCUUCCCCCAGAACCUGAACAUGGAGUCGAGCGGAAAGCGACCAGGUAACAUGGACUUCGGCAGCCAGUUCUUGCCUGAUAGCACUCUCCGGCGUUCAGUCUCCCAGGAGCCCGCGCGCCUCGAGGAUCCCAGCCUGGUCGAUAUCGAUCUGGGUGAAGACGAGAUCCCCCUGGGAAUGGAUACCACUAUGGAAAUUGGUCGAGACGCUCCUCCCGCUCGUCCUAUGGAAGAAGAUAUGUUUAGUGAUUCCGGAAAGCUCAUCGACGACCAUGAUCUCGAAAUCGAUAUCGGAGAAGAUGAUGCCCCACUGGACAAGAUGGAUCUCGAUGGACACGACAACUUGAAUGACCCCCUCGCCGAUGGCCCCAUGGACUUUGGCGGUGAUGACGACCUUGAUGGUAUGACACCUCGUGUUGAAGCGACUCGCUUUGCGCGCGACUCAGAGAGUCCUCUUUCGGACGCCGGGUCUGUCCAGAUGAACCAACUCGAGGAGGCAUUCAACCGUGAUGUUUCUGCUACCCCUGAAGCUCAAGCCCAGCAACGCCAGACAUCCAAACGUCAAAAGUUGAUCGAGUUAGACCACCAGGUGUCCAUGUCCAACACCGAGGUCAAGGCCCUGCAGGCCGAUCGAUCUGAAAUCCUGAAGCCCACCUCCUUCCUUCCCCGCGACCCCGUCCUUCUCACUUUGAUGACCCGCCAGCAGAACGGCGACUUUGUUUCAAGCAUCUUCGGCGAGGAACGCGGUCGUGGCUGGGCUCCUGAACUGCGCGGUCUCCUUUCUCUGGACUCUGUCAAGAGAUCUGGUGAGCUGAAGCGCAAGCGGGACAGCGGAAUCUCCGACAUAGAUGUGGCUGCUGCUGAGAUGCCUGCAUUGGAAUUCGGUGACGAUGAUGCCAUUGCCCCCGUUGAUGAGGGCAUCGGCCUCGAAACUACCCUGAACCAGCACUCAGAGAUUGACUUCCCUGGAGAUGAUGGUGUCCAGGAUAUGCACUUCAGCGAUGCAGGCGAUGUUCAGCCCCUUGAGGACUUGGAUGAUACCAUUCGUCCCGUUGACAACGAGGCUGUCUCUCUGGGUACCAAGCACGCCGUCCACGUCCUGCGCGAGCAGCUCGGCGACUCCGAACAGAAGAAGGGCGUUCUUUUCCAGGAUCUACUCCCCGAGAAGCGCGCCACCAAGGCCGAUGCGACCAAGAUGUUCUUCGAGGUCCUGGUGCUGGCCACUAAGGACGCCGUCAAGGUCGAGCAGACCACCAAGUCAAUUGGCGCUCCUCUCAAGAUCAAGGGCAAGCAGGCUCUCUGGGGCACCUGGGCCGAGGAAAACGCCACCGGUGCUGCCAGCCAGCUGACCCAGGCUUUGUAA